AUGCCCCAGGAAAUAAAGCGCGAGCGGAAAAAUACACAGUCAAUGAUGCGCCCGAAAUCUAUUCACUGGAAUGAAGCACCCUUAUCUCCCUGUCCCAUUCCGGAUAUUAGUGACGAUGAGCUGGUGUCUAUAACAGUGCGCGAUCUAAAUCGCACGCUUAAAAUGCGAGGGUUAACCCGCGAGGAAAUUGUUCGCAUGAAGCAACGGCGUCGUACGCUGAAAAACCGGGGAUAUGCUGCCAGUUGCCGCAUCAAGCGCAUUGAGCAGAAGGAUGAAUUGGAGACCGAAAAGUCACAAGAAUGGCGUGAUAUGGAGCUAAUGCACGAGGAAACUGGUCGAUUGCAGGACGAGGCAGAUUCGCUGCGGAACAAAUAUGAAGCAUUGCGGAAAUUUGCUAUUUCGAAAAAGAUACCACUACCACCAGAACUUGACGUGCUGUAA